CGUCCCGCCCCCAUCCCUCCCCGGAGGAGCUCCGGGCUCUCCUCGGGAACGUCCAACGCCUCAACGAGACCUUCCGGGACCUCCAGCUCCAGCUCCUGCUGCUCCCGGCCCGGGGGGAAAUCCUGGAUCACGUCUGGAGGCUCCAGGACCUCCUCCAGAACCACUCGGAUUCCCUGCUCCGGGCGGGAGCGACGCUCCGGAGGCUCCAGGAGCUCCUGGAGCUGCUCCAGAGCCGGGCGGGACAGACGGACGCGGCCGUGGCGGCGCUCCGGGAUUCCCUGAGCCGGCAGGGAGACGCUUCCCAACAGGAGCUCUCCCGGCUUUCCGUGGCCGGGAACGGCUCCCGGCUGCUCCUGGAGCAUCAUUCCCGACUCCUGGAACGCCUGGGAGGGAGGACGGAGGCCUUGGGAGAGCAGGUGGAUCUCCUGGGCGGGUCGGUGGAUUCCAUGAACAGGAGCUUCUCCUACGAGCUGGAAGUGCAGCGUUCCCGGCUCCGGGAUCUGGGCGGGAUCGUCGGGAAUGUGACGGAAGAGGCGAGGAGGGCGAGGAGGGGGCGGGAGGAGCUGGAGGGGAGGCUGAGGCUGGAGCUGGGAAUGCUGAGCAACGUCACGGAGGAGCUGCGGGUCCGCCACUGGGAGCACGCGGUGGCCCUGAGGAACAUCUCC